AGCCAAUAUAUCGCAUAUCACAAACUACGUCAUCUGUAUAUCUAGUUCUAAAGCUCGUUUUUAGAAAGACAUGCUUAAUGCGAACGCGUACAUCGAGGUAAAGAUUCAUAUCGCGAUGUGACAAUUACAAAAAAAACAAAACAAUGUUUACCCAACAAAGUCCGAAUUAAAACAUUUCCGGGUUUGAAUAACAACUUUAUUGUCCUGCUGUGGUCGGGGGCAAGCAGGGCAAUCACUUAAACAAGGAAGAGUCUCCCUUGCGAAAGUAAUUCGUUAUCUUUAGUGGUUCGUGGAGAUGGGAUCCUUUACACGGGGCUCGGCUCGCUGAUCCUGACUGUAUUCGUACCCUGCCUGCCCGUAUCUCCCGCUGGCGUCUCCUGAGACUGCGGCGGAUCUGACCAAGAAUUUAAAAAAGGGAUGUGAAAACGCACUCGGGGAUUGAUAUCGGCGCCGCGAUGAGGUUCAACGAGAAAGAGCUGCUUUGUAUCUCGAAACAGCCGUCGGAAAAGGCGGCCGAGCUGGGAAUGAGGGGGCCGAAGAAGGGAGACGUGGUCAAGAGACGUCUGGUCAAGCUAGUGAUCAACUUCCUGUUCUACUUCCGGACAGAUGAGGAGGAGCCGGCUGGGGCCCUGCUGCUGGAGCAGUGCAAGGUGGAGCAGGAGGAACCCAUGGCCUUCUCAGUGGCCUUCCUGGACGAGUCGGAGAAGAAGUACCUGUUUGAGUGUGAGAGCAGCGAGCAGUGCCAGGAAUGGGUCGAGUCACUCACCAAGGCCAGCUACGAGUUCAUGAGAAGAAGUCUUAUGUUUUAUCGCAGUGAGAUUCACAAGCUAACGGGAAAGGACCCCCUGGAGCAGUACGGCAUAUCGGAGGAGGCACGCUUCCAGGUCAGCUCUCAAAGACCCUGAACCCCAAACCCCUUCACAUCGGGGGGGUACAAAGCACUGCAGCAGCACGUCACUGGCAAUCUGAACUGAUUUUAGUUGUUUUUAUAAGUGAGAAUUCUGUAGUUUCUGAAUGUUCUUUUUAAUGCCAUUAUUGUGACUUUUGUACCAGUUUUAUGAGCCAGUUGUUGAAUGAGAAAACUGGGAUAACGCAUGGGAUAAAGUAAAAAGAAAGAGGUGGGCUUUGUCCCUCAGUAGUUUAGUUUUCUCUCCCUUGUGUUUUUCCCCACGUCUGCCACCCUUCCACAGAUUUGCUAGACCUCUGGCAGCUGUAACCUAAAACACAUCAAUUAAAACUUCAGCUCCCUACUGAAAGUAGCUGUGUGAAUUAAAUAGUUUUGUUUUUAUGGCUUUUAAAGUGUUUUUUUUUUUCGUAUGUCUCAAACUUGCUUUAAUUCACGCGAGAUCAUUUUCAGUGCACACAAAUAUCACAGAAUUAAAUUUACAGAUUUACUCGAUCCUCUUUCGCAAGUGAUGGGAAACUGCAGAAACAAGAAUUCAAUCAGUUUCUGCUGUAGCAGACCCUAAUGUAAUGUAGCUGGAAUUAAGACAAUGUGCCGAACCAUCCACCGCUGUCCUCCGUUUCAGGCUGUUGUAAUUGUUUGAUGUGGGACCAGCCAAAGGCGAUUGUAAGGCUGGGCAGUGAUGUCAUAAAGGCCCUACAUCAAUCUAAAAGGGCCUGUCCACACUAUGCCUUUAAACCAGCUCAAAAGUGCUGAAUACGGUUAGCGUCCACACUACGCAGUGUCUAAUACCGGACUCGAGACCACCUCAGGGAGUUUGAAAUUAGAUCACAUAAGGUACUGUGGUUUGUUACAAGUCCGGACGCUGUAAUAUCAUACUGCGUUUUUUGUGUAUCCAGUAUCCAAAAACACUUGGGUAUGUUUGUUGAAAUACCUGAAGGACUUGCUGUCAGUGUACACUCAGCAAUGGGUAUGUUAUGCUUAAAUAAAAAAAAGUCUUUCAGGACAUCUCUGUUAAAACUAGCAGGGAAAACAGCAAAAGCACAAUGUUAAAUGAGGCGACUGCAAAAAUGAAAUGCGAGUUAGAAGAAGGAUCGUGAUGAACAAUUCACAUCAUUCGUCAGCUCUGUUUGAAAUAAAAUUAAGGGGACCAGAAUUAGGCGCAGGCAAGCUACGAAGGUAAAAACAAAGACUGUUUUGUAAUUAACAGCUUUUUUUCGGAGCUUAAUUAUGUAAACAGAAUCAUCUCAAUUUGAUUAAAAAUAAAACCUGAAAACUUCAAGCCCACUUGUGUACGUUCGUAUUUACUUUUUCCAAAAUACUUGUUUUAUUUCUUUUUAGCCAUAUGCACCUCUUUUAAUACGAAGCAUAACACAUUAUUUUAAAAUAAAAUACAGUGCAUGGUGGGAUGCUAUCGUAUUCCUUUCCACUGUUCAUUGCGCUGCUAGGAACUAACCGAACUAGCGUGUGGACGCAUGACAUCCGACUAAACGUGAAACGGUACUUCAGCGUGGACGCUUUGAGCUGAAUUAAUUCAAACGGUUUCGAGUACGGUUAUGUAGUGUGGACAGGGCCUAAGACUGGCCCUUGACCCCGUGUUGAGAGUUUGACACUUCUGCCCGGACAGGAAGGUAGAAGUGGACGCACAGGUCUGUCCAGUUCAGACAGCAAACAAAUUCACAGUCGUUGGUUCCGCCUUACAAGUUUACAAAAGGAGCAACAAAAAGAGGAUUUUUGUUGCUAUUGUUUUUCCCGUAUGAAAUGAGCCUCUUUUAAUAGUCUUGCUGUUGGGGAUGACUGGAGGCUAUAAGGGAUUGUUUGAUUGCAGCAGUAUUGUAGAGAUAAUAAGGGAAGAGCCCUUGAUGGUACAGGGUAGCGAUCACAUCCUUAUUUCUGUAAAUAGGGUGUUUUUUUUUCUAUUGAAUCCUUUCUUUUAAAGAUUACUGUAAUUUAGUUUGGCUACUGUAAAUGUUUUUUUCUUUUGUUAUCUGUGCAAUAUAUAUAUUUUUUAAAAUAAAACUUAAAAAGCAAGCAAC